AUGGAAAAAGCAGAAAACGAUGAUCAUAUUAUAAAUAAUCGUAAAAUUGGCAAACAAGAAACAGCAUAUUUUUCAUUAAAACCAACAUUUAAAUCUCAUUCUGUACAAAAUUUAAAAAAAUUAAAUGAAACUAAUAAUUAUAAUUUACCAAGAUCUACAACAACGUAUCGUCAUCUUAAUAAUAUUACAAAAAGUUCCUCAAAAUUAAAUAAUUAUUCAGAUUGUCAUCCUAUUAAAUCACCUAUAAUGAGAAUUGACCUUGAAAAUUCUUCAUCACAAUUAAGUUUAAAUAGAAUCUCGUCAUUGUCAGGUAAAUUUGCUUGUUACAAUGAUAAUACUAAUUCAAGAAACGAUUCAUAUAAUGAUAAUGAAGAAGUAAAAAAUAGUGAUAAUAAUUAUAAUGAAGAUAAAGAUAAUAUAACACCAUCAACACCAUUAUUUCCUUCAAUGAGAAUAUUUAUUGCAGCUUUAUUAUGUUGUUGUUUUAUAUGUAUUUCAAUAAGUUCAUCAAAUAUUAAUGAAACUGGUGAUUUAGAAUGGCAAUCUGAACAAGAAGGUAUUGUUCUUGCAGCACAAAAUGCUGGUGCUCUUUUAAUGAUAUUAACCGGUCUUUGGUCUGAUCGUAUUAGUGGAAAAUGGAUGGUUGGUUGUGGUCUUGUUCUAUGUUUAAUAGGAAAUAUUGUUUUACCCUUAUUUGCAAGUAAAAGUUAUUUGUAUGCCGUUGCCGCAAGAUUAACUGUUGGUGCUGCUGAUGCAUGUAUCUCACCAGCUGUUAAUUCAUUAAUAACAAGAUGGUUUCCUAGACAUGAACGUGCAGCAGCAAUUGGUAUAAUUACUGGUGGAAGGCAAAUUGGAACAUUGUUUAUAUUACCUACAGCUGGUUAUUUAUGUACCAGAAAAGAUUUACAUGGUGGAUGGCCAGCAAUUUUUUAUCUUUCAGCUUUUAUAUCAGGUUUAGUUAUUAUAUUUUGGCUUCCAAUGGGAGCUGAUAAACCAAAAAAACAAUAUUGUAUCUCAAAAAAAGAAAGAUUAUUUAUUGAAAGUCAUAUUGCAACAGAAUGUAUUGGUAAAAGAACAACUAGAAGAAAAGUACCAUGGAAAGAUAUGUUAACAUCUAUUCCAUUAUGGGUUGGAAUAGGUGGAUUAAUAUGUCAUGAAUAUCCAUUAGUUAUAAUGUUACAAUUUUUACCAAAUUAUAUGAGAGAUAUAUUAAAAUUUGCCCCAACUAAAAAUGGUUUCAUUUCAACUAUACCAAUAUUAUGUUUAUUUAUUAGUAAAAUGGCAUCAUCAAGUUUAUCAUCAUAUCUUAAUACACGUUUUGGUUUUGAUAGAACAAAAAUUUGUAAAAUUUUUAAUGCUAUUGGAUCAGCAGGUUUAUCUGUUAGUGUUUUUUUAGUACCAUCAUUUGAUAAAGAUCAUGCAUUUAUGGCUGUUGGAAUGUUAUGUUCAGCAAUGGCUUUUGCUGGAUUACAUACUCCUGGUGUAAUGACAGCUCUCCUACAAUUAGCACCACCAUUUUCUGGUGUUAUAACAGGAUUAAGUUUUUUUGGUGUUGCAUGGUUUAGUAUUGGUAAUAAAAUAUUAACAAAAUACAUUGUCCAACAUGGAACAAUUGAGGAAUGGACGCAAGUUUUUUAUAUAUCUAGUAUUGUUGCCGCAUUACCAAUUAUAUUUUUUACUAUUUGGGGUGAGGAUCGUCGUCAAAUUUGGGCUGCACCAGUUAAAGGAAAAGCUUCUACAAAUACCAUAAUACCGCCUCCAAUAUGGAAUGUACCACGUCUAAUUCGUUCCAUAAGCCAUAAUGAUAGUGAAGAAGAUAUUGACAAAAAAAAUCAAAAUAAAAUUACUAAAAAUAACAAUGAUAAAAUAAAUUUAAAAAAUGAAAAAAAAACGUCACAUACUAAUUCUUCUAACUGUUAA